CUCGGGCUAAGCGGACAAACGAAUGGAGUGACAAUGUUUCUCUGCCACUAACACUGUUUACAGUGCUGCAUUCUUCACCAUGUAUGCGCUGCUCACCUUAUGCCUGAUUCUGAACUGGUUAGCCAUAUACCAACCAGGUUGUGGGUGUGCGUUUGCCAUGGUUUAGCGGCUGCCUGUGUGCAUGUGUGUGUUUCGCCUGACCGCUUGCAUGGGGUUGGCAGAUAGACUUCUGAUUUGGUGUUAUCGUAAACCCUUCCUGUCACACGUUUUGGACUUGACGGCCAUUCAGCAUCGGCUCGUCACCAAGGUAGAAGAAUGCAAUCAAUAGCUCGGAUUGCGAAUACGAAGCAUAAAACAGAAAAUGGGGGUGGACCGGUGAGAGGGUGGCAGGAGAACACGGAGUUAAUGACGAACAGGCAACCCCACAAUAAGGACCAGACAAUAGAGCGUGCGGUUGAACCAAUCUACUAAGCCUGUAAGUCGGACAUUUAAUUGCGUGUGUGGCUUCGAUUUUCUAUCGCUUUUAGUCGACAGAGCGAUUAAGAUAGGAGGGAAAGACCAAGCGCUUAAUUAACAUAUAUGUUAAUGACCCUCGGCGAAUACGAUUUACUUGAAAAUGAAAAUAUCGGUUGGCCUGUCAUUCCGCUGCGUCACACCAUCGUCCGUACCGGCCCUGGCGGUUGCUCUGCUCCUCGUUCAUUUUGUCAGUUCUCUAACUGUCGUUUCCCAGUUCGAAAAGUCGUCGUAUUGUGAGGCAUUUGAUCUCUCCGAAUCUUAAUGUCUAUUCACCGAUCUUCUAACGGCCCUACACAAACAAGGCCUUUGGUAGCCUUAUUGGAUGGACGCGAUUGCACUGUAGAGAUGCCUCUACUCAAAGAUGUGGCAACGGUCGCUUUUUGUGAUGCGUCGUCCACUGCUGAGAUCCAUGGCAAGGUGCUAGAGGAAGCUGUCGGCGCCCUUAUGUGGCACACUAUAUCCCUCACUCGAGAAGAUCUGCAGAAAUUCAAGUCACUCAAAAUUAUUGUUCGGAUCGGAAGUGGUUACGACAAUAUCGACAUCAAAGCCGCUGGUGAACUUGGGGUUGCCGUUUGCAAUGUUCCUGGUUUCGGUGUUGAGGAGUCUGCUGAUACAACCCUUUGCCACAUUCUUACGUUAUACCGCCGGACGUUUUGGUUGGCCAACAGCUUGCAGAGUGGAAAGCGCCUAAAUGGCCCUGAGCAGUUGAAGGAAAUGGCUAGUGGGUCUGCGCGAAUACGGCGUGAUACUCUAGGCAUAGUUGGCCUCGCUUAUUGGCUUCAGAGUAAUCCUACUUAG